UAUUGCUUGCAAAUUGUCGAGCGGCAGGAAAGAAGAGUGAAUUCGUGCAGCGGGACUAGUCGUAGCUAGCUACUUUUAAAUUGGAUUAAAAGGGAUUUCAAUUUAUCUCCAAGUACCUGGCAGAAAUUAAGAACUGGAAAAAAAAAGAUGGUUGAUCGCCUGGCAAACAGUGAAGCAAAUUCAAAACGGAUAAAUGUUGUGGAGGGGUGCUUUGGAGCAGCUGGACAACCCCUGGCUAUUCCUGGUAGAGUCCUCAUCGGGGAAGGAGUGCUAACAAAGAUGUGCAGAAAGAAACCGAAAGCCAGGCAGUUUUUUCUCUUCAACGACAUCCUUGUGUACGGUAACAUUGUCAUUCAGAAAAAGAAGUACAACAAACAGCACAUAAUCCCUCUGGAAAAUGUCACAAUUGAUUCUAUUGAGGAUGAAGGGGAACUGCGGAAUGGGUGGCUUAUAAAAACUCCUACCAAAUCUUUUGCUGUUUAUGCAGCUACCGCCACAGAGAAGUCUGAGUGGAUGAACCACAUCAGCAAGUGUGUAUCCGACUUGCUUGACAAAAGCGGAAAGGCACCAAACAGUGAACAUGCUGCAGUGUGGGUACCUGAUUCAGAGGCCACCGUGUGUAUGCGUUGUCAGAAAAUCAAGUUUACACCAGUUAGCCGCAGGCAUCACUGCCGCAAAUGUGGGUUUGUGGUGUGUGGGCCCUGCUCAGAGAAAAAGUUUCUGCUUCCCAGUCAGUCUUCCAAGCCAGUGCGGGUCUGUGAAUUUUGCUAUGAGCAGCUCUCCAGUGGGCAGCUGAGUGCCACCUUGCUUCCCAGAUCAGACUCUUACAAAUUUCCUAUGAAUAACGUAUCUGAUGACGAUGAUGAUGACGACAGCAGUGACUGAAGACAGCAAGUUUAUUCUAAUAUUUAGAAUAUUUAACAUAGAAUCUUCAGCUGGGCUUGAACAUUUUAUUAUUUUUUUAAAAUGGUGCUUUAAAAAAAUCUGAAGUCUUGUAUUUUUUAAUGAUGAUUUAUUAAAUUAUGUAAAUUCAAAUGCUUCCAAAAUAUGUUCAGAGCUAAAUUCCUGAGAUUCCUAGAUCCCUGUGUUUUGGGCUAUUUUAUAAAACCUAUGUCCUAUAUUAACCAUUUCACGUAUGAAAUAUUGAAAAUAUCUGAAAAAAAGUAGUUUUGGACACACAGCAAAUAUAUUUUUUCAUUGAAAUGUUUUAAGAAAAUUCCACAGUUUACCUUGAUUAUGGGUAACGGUUGUUUUUUGCUGCUUAAUAUCUACAUCUCAUUAAGGGUGUCACUACAGGACUGGAAUAUACAAGUCUCUGGCUUGCCUAAAUAAUCCAAAGUGCUAAUUUCAAAUUCUGGUCUAUAAUGGGCUGCUUCUCUGGAAUACCAUGUCUCUUUUUUUUUUUUAAGCUCUAAAUGUUCACCCAUUAACCUUAAAGCAAGCAUGUGCCUGUGCUGACUUUUUGCAGGGAUAUUAACUCUAGUGACUUUUUGUCUGUUUUGUAGCUGUACAUAUUUCUAUUUUAAAUCUCACUGGUAAAUGAAUGCUAAAUUUGGUAGUUCUGUGUUAUUUACCUGUCUCCUAUUUGCAUAUUAAAAAGGUGUGCAGUAUUUAAUGAAAAUAACAUAAAGUAAAACCCAUGUAACAUAUUUAACAUUAAAACAAAUAUGCAAAAAGACUGUUGAUCAGGAUUGUUUGAACACACCAGUCAUACCCUUUUCUGUUAUUGCUUACGACAAAUCAAGUGAAGGAUUAAUUACUUGACAAAUGUGUUCUUUCAAAUCUAAGGCUAUAUUUAUCUUAAUAAAGAUUCUAAUUUUAAACUGUUAAAUUGGGAAUAAAUAGUUUUAUACAAGGUCUUAUAUGCCACGCAGUGCCUUCAUGAGAUCACUCAUAGCUUUCAUAGUAGUUUGUGUUUUUCACACAAACAGUGCUCCUAAUUGCUGUUGCUUGUGGGUGAGGAAUGGUAGUGAGAUAUUCACAGUAGCCAUACACGAUGGCGUCCAAUAGUAUAUUACAUUAUUAGUUUAGGUGGAAUAAUGGAAUAUGUAGAUCACCAAUAUUUAAAGGAAAUAGUAACAAAAAAGUUGAAGCAGUCUUACUUUUGAAGAAGUAAAAAGUAUUUAAUGCUGUAGAUGUUAUUUCCUGGAUUUGCCAAAUUUUCAGUCUGUCCACUACAGAAGUAAAAUGCUAAGAAACUGGUUUCUGCUGUACUUCAUGAAGAACGGUCUCAGGCUAUGCAUUAUUACCUGUAGGGCUACAGAAUGUCAAAAUUGCAGUAACCUUUAAAACUAGGCUUAAUGAUAAGUAGAUGGAAUAUGUUAGGGAGCACUGUAUUGUAAUGCUAUUUGCAAAGCUAUUUAUCUUUUCUGCUGGCAAAAGGUUUAAAAUGUCAUGAUGAUGUAGGAAAUAGUUCUACAGCUGAUCCUUUUAGUAUUGAUGUUUGUCUUCUAUACUAAUCCUGGGAACACAGCAUAUUAUUUUUUUCUUCUGUGUAGUCAAUCAAGUCAAGGGUGUUAUCUCUUGGUUAACUCUCUGGGAUAUUUAUUAAUUGCUUAGCUUGCUUGCAAGCAUGGUUUGAGCCCAGAACCAGUUCUUUUAAUGAACAGUGUGUGCUACUGUCGUACAGGAUUUAAUUUUCCUCAUAUUUUGAGCAAUGCAAAAUCCCAAAUUUUGUUCAGAUUUCAGUUGUUUGCAUAGAAUAUAAUUUGAAUGUAUAGAACCCUGCUCAUUUAUUAGUUUAGUGAAGCCUGUAUAGUCUAAAUCGGUUUAAAAAAAAAAAAAAAAAAUCAGUAUAAAUUGGAAUCUGUGUUUUGUUUUUUUUAUUAUUUUUAUAAAUGAAAAGAUUAACAGUGUCUGAUCAUGAUGUCAGUUGGCCAUUGUUUAUGAGAUAAAAUAGUGUUCUUUUAUUGGUACUUUUUUGUCAUUUUCUGAACCUACCAUAUAACCUGUAUAAAAUUGUCUGGAUUAUAAGUGGAGUACAAAAGGUUUGCUUUCUGUUUGUAAAUUUGUGAAUAAUUUUUGUUGAUUUUUAUUUGUCUACUUUUUGAUCAGUGCUGUGUGCUUUUGUCUUGUCCUAUCAACUCAAAUAUAAUUUGUAUUUUUUUUUUAUUUAAUUUUUUUUUAAUAGUUUGGUUGUAAUGGGUGGUAAGUUUUAUUGUUUUGUGUCAUUUGUAAUUCUUGUUAACACUUCCGAAAGGGCUAAAAUCUGACUGUAACUCAGCAUAUUCUUGUUAGUUACUAAUUUUCUAAAAAAAAGAAAAAGAAAAAAAUAUAUAUUGUGUUGCGCAAUUAUGGUGUCUGUUUGUUUUAUUAUCUGUAUAACUAUCAUGGGAUACCAUUUUCAGAGCCUUUUACCGCAGUGUGGACAAAAACAGUUUUGUAUCCAAUCCAUUUAACUUUUCUUUUUUUU